CGCACCCGACACCGCCCCCGCCACGCCAGUGCCGCGUCGUUCAUACUUCAUAUCGUAGCGUCGGUUCUCGGUACACGGUUGGACCAUUGGGCUUCGCUGCGCAGCGCGCAUUCCGUUUUAUAUCGUUCGCCGAGUAACACGAUUUAGCAGUUUUAGCAUCACCGUGCAGAGCGCGCUUGUAGUUUGUUACUACCGAUACCGAUAUUGAAGUGACAGACAAACCCGUCUUUAUUCCCGUGACUUCGGGAGUGUUUUUCAAGUGGAUGACGUUUCAAUUUUAAAAGAAAGUUAUUUAUUUUACUAUAAAUAUAAUAUACAUAUUUUAUUAUAAAUUUAUCAAGUUUUAUACGCUUGUAAGUGGACAACUGUAAAUAAAAUACAACAAUUUCAAAACAAUGUUUGGUGAUGUGUUUUACACGCGACUAACUGAAUAAGUCGUGGCCUCUGGGAACUACGUGGGUGGAUCCCAAAAUCGUCCAACGGACAGCAAACCAAUGUGUUUGAAAGGCGUGAAGCAACAAUUCUUCCAUUGAACAUGACUCUCGCUGCCAGAAUAUAUCCGCAGAAUGCGUGCGUGGAAGUGGGUGUUCCGCUGAAUGGCUGGUCGACGGGCGUGGCGUGCUGCCCCAACUGCAGGCACGAGCUGCGCGUGUCCCUCACGUCAGCAGCGGACAAAUGCCACGUCACACCGACACCACACACACCUCCCCCGUUCACGAUCCAGCCUUCAUACUUGCCACAUUCGCCCCUGUACGCCACACCAUCAUCGCCACUCAUCCCCACACCCUACAAUGAGGAGCUGAAGCGGCUUGCAGACACCCUCAGCGCGUUGAGGCUCUCGGGCUGGUACUACGGCAACCUGGAUUGGCAGGGUGCCCGAACGUUACUAAAAGACGCGAGUAUCGGUGCAUUUGUCGUGAGAGAUUCCGGUGAUAGGAAUUUCAUAUUCUCACUCUCCGUACAGACUGAACGCGGUCCCACAUCAGUGCGGCUGCACUACGAACAGGGCUUCUUUAGGUUAGAUUGCGACCGGCCGCUGGCGCGGUACAUGCCGCGGUUCCGGUGCGUGGUGGAGCUGGUGCAGCACUACGCGCGGGCGGCGAGCGCGGGCGGCGCGGGGGCGCGCGGCGGCGCAGGCGCAGGCACGGUGUGGGUGGACCGCGAGGGCUGUCCGCACUCGCCGGUGCUGCUGAAGCAGCCGCUGCGGAAGGCGCCGCCGUCGUUGUUGCAGGCGGCGCGGCUGGCGGUGCACAAGGCGCUGGACUCGAACCCGCUGACGCCGAAGCUGUGGUGCGCGCCGAAGCACAGGCUGCUGCCGCUGCCCUCCACGCUCAUAGACUAUCUCGGCGAAUACCCCUACUCGAUCUAACACUCAGAUCUGUAUUAUAUUUAUUUAGUUAAUUUAAGCCUCCUGAAUGUUUGCCGACGUGUUCAUUGUCUUUGAAUUUGUAUAGAAUACAAUUACGUCUCACGGCAUCGAGUGUUCGGCAAACACCCGACGUAGCAACACUUGGUCAAAUAACACAUAUUCCGUAGAUGGUAAUUAUUUUAUGUGUGAAACGAAAUUCUCGGCAGUGAACAUGUUGGAAUCUCUGGUAUAUAGUACGGACGAGGAGUCCAUGACUUUGGCUACAGACGUGUCGGUCUCACCACAGGGCUCGGUCGUCGGCGUCUGAUUUAUCAUAAUAUAUUUUAGUUGUACAAAUUAAUUUUCGUAAUGGAAAUCUAGUACAGGUUGCUAGAAAGGGCCGGCUCCUUUAAUUACCGACUAUCUUAAUUUAUAAUAGUUAAAUUGUGUAAUAACAUAUUGUUUUAUUCGUAAGUAUUAAAUAUGGGACUCAACUUUGGUAUUUAGUGAAAUGUUUACGCGGAUGAAUUAUUUUUGUUAAGCCGAUUUCCGUUUCUGUAUAUAGAGUAAACAUUACGCGCAAGACUGAUUCUAUUGAACGUCUAAUAUACUUAACGGACGUUUCUGUUUACUUAGUUUCACACGCAGUUGUUUCUGACACCUGAAAGUCGAUCGUUCUGUGCCAUAUCGGCUUCAGCAAAUAUUUACUUGGUUCGUUGACGCAGCCGAGUAGCAAAUGUUUGCAGUUGUGAUGUAUGGAGCUUCAGAGCAUCGACCAAACAACCAGAUCGCUUUUAAAUUAAUUUAUCGAAUUAGUUUUUCUUUUUAAUAAUGGCCAGUCAGUUGUGAGGGCUUUGAUGAAUUCAGAGUGGCAUGUAACAGAGUCGAAAGUGUAUCUUGGUGUGUAAAGUUUAUAUCGAAUCAUUUAUAAUUUCAUUGCUGAUAUUACUAUUUUAGCCAAUUGUUCACUAAUGCCUAAUCUUGUCCAUGGUUUUUAAAAAUCAUCACACUAUUUUAUAGAGUUAUAUUUUUAUUUAUUUAUUUCUCAUUUAAGGCUUAGGAUUAUUUGUCAAAUGUUAUAUUAAUAAUUUUAAUAUUUGUUCCUAUCCAGUUUUCAACUGAUACAUUUCUUCCGUUUCUUUGGCACCCUUAUUAACCUUAAUAAUUAUUACAAUAUAAAGUGCCAUCAAAACUUGACAUAGGAUUAUAGUGGAUUGGUAUAUUUGAUCAUAGGGAGUGUAGUGUUUUGAGGCUGACUAUGUAAAUAACUCUUAUUUUUGUUUAUUAUUUAUUUCAUUAUAGUAAGUUAAAACCUUUACAGGUUAGGUGAACCAUGAGAUGGUGACGUCGCAGAAAUAUUACAACUGCAUGCUAUUAUGUUAUAUAAACACAGUUUUUUCUUACAUUUAUUUCAAUUACAGUGUACCGCUUUACGCAAAACCUGAAGUUAUUUAAUUAAAUUACAACAAGAUACAAUUUUAUCAAAACUAUAUUACCAUUUGAAAAAUAAAGUAAUAUGUUUGGAAAUGCUAAACAAUUUUUAUAUUGACAUGAAUGUCUACAAUUUUCUUUGUUCAAAUGAUUUUCCAGUAGAUAAAACAUAUUACAGCUUGAGUUUUAGAGAGUAAAUCGAAUGUAAUAAAUAAAUUAUAUAGUGCUGGUAAUAUUUCCGCGACAGUGAAAAAAGAUAUUGAAUAAGGGUGGGGUUGCAGGUUUGGCUAGUGAAAUUCAACAAUAUAGGAUAAAUAUAUAUGUACCUUGAAUAAUCUCAAUUAGAAUAAUUUAUAGACAUCAUUUGUGUAUAACUUUUAAGUAAAAGUGUAUUGUUUGCAGUAACUCCUAAUCACCAUGAAAUAUUAAUGAUAUACUUUUCUAGUAUUGAAUAUGGUAAUUAUUUGAAUUUAUGUGUACGAGACAUACAAUGUACUAUUUAAACCUUACCUGAAAUAAUAGAAAAUACCAUGUAUCAACAUUGUAGUCUAAUAUAUAAAAGAACUGCAAAUAAUUAAUAUACAAAAACAAAAUAUACAUUCUGGCUAUAA